AUGGUGAAUAACAAUCAAGCACACGUUGUAGAAAAUCAGCAUCAAAAUACUGAUGAUAAUCCGGGUACUCAGACUUUAUUUUUUACAAGUAAUUCAUGUGCUGAAGAUGAAAAUAUAUGGUACUUGGAUAAUGCUUGCAGUAAUCAUAUGUCUGGUAGAAAGGAGUUAUUUUCUUCAUUAGAUGAUUCAGUUAAACUAUUAUUGAAGUUUGGUAAUAGUACAAAGAUCCCUAUUGAAGGAAAAUGGCACAUACCAAUUAAAUUGAAGGAUGGUUCUCUGAAUUAUAUUUCUGAUGUUUUCUAUGCUCCCGAACUUGAUUAUAAUUUACUGAGUAUGGGGCAAUUAUCUGAUAAGGGAUAUAAGAUGAUAACUUAUCAUGGAUAUUGCACUGUAUUUGAUAACAACGGAAGGUUCAUAGAUAAAGCAAAGAUGACCUCAAACAGAAUGUUUCCAUUAAAAAUUCAACAUGUUAAUCCCUCUUGCAUGAGUUCUGUGAUACUUGAUGAUAACUAG